UGGAGCUAUUUUGAAAGUGACCCUCAUUCGGGCAGCCCACUCUUGCAGCUGUCAGGAACCAUGACUGAAGAUGACGGAAUCAGUUGUCGUGGAGGGAUACGCCAGACUCAGAGACGGGAAAAAGUGGAAAACUAGGUGGCUCGUCCUUCGCAAGCCGUCGCCUGUAGCAGAUUGCUUAGUCUUGCUGGUUUUCAAAGACAAGUCCGACAAAGCCGAGGGCAACAAGGAGCGCGCCGCCGUCACCCUGGAGGACAUCUGCGGCCUGGAAACAGGACAGUGCUAUGAGGACGUGGCCUUCACGCUAGCUAUUCUCUGCCUCAACCAGGCGGUGCUGCUGGGCUUCGACAGUAAGGACGCCCUGCAGGCGUGGGAGGUGCGUCUGCGUUACAGCCUGGGAGAAGUUCACAUGUUCAACGUCGGAGUCCUCGCGGGGACCAAGUUAGAAAGCGGACCAGCGACCCUUCACCUGUGCAACAACUUGCUGGCCCUCGUCCGAGACGUCCCCCCUGUCGUCUUCGGCCACUGGAACCUUCCGGAUCUACGCAGAUACGGGCCCGUACCCAAUGGAUUUGUGUUUGAGGGAGGAACACGCUGCGGUUUCUGGUCUGGUGUUUUCCUGCUCACGUCAUCCGAGAGCGAGCAGAUCAGCUUCCUGUUUGACCGCAUCGUGCGAGGAAUCUCCCCCACCAGGGGUCCGUUUGGGCUUAGGCCAGUUCUGCCAGAUCCCAGCACCAGUCAGACCAACUCAGAAGAAAGGUUGAACCAUGAGACACAGGAACUGGAGAAGCGACUCAGCAUGCUCUCGAAUCGGAACAGCACGGUGUACUCCGCGGUCACCGGUGACGACCACAGCAUAUCGGGUUCAUCCGACGCCUCGGACACCAGCCAAUCAGACUGCAGCAUUUCAAGCCGUUUGGCCAUUUGGAGCGAACCUCCAACUGCUAACCUACUGGACAACCACUCGAAAGGGGCGAGCGCAGAGAAGCUGUCCGCCAACCAGGGCGUCGGCCACAAUCCGGGUGCCACAGCCCCAAGACAGCUGCAGGAAAUCGGUCGCCAGAGCUCCUCUGAUAGCGGUAUCGCCACUGCAAGCCAUUCCUCCUAUUCCGGAAGUUUCUCCUCAUACACUGGAAGUCUGGACAUUAGUGAAGACUUUGGUUCAGUUUUUAGCCUGCCACCUCGCUUGGCUCAAGACCUGAGUCCUUGUUGUUGCCCUAAAGGCCUAGAACUCCAGUACAAGGUACCCACAUCCCUCAGGUAUCUGUACGACACCCCAAAGAAUCUGCUCCAGGGGGAAGGUGAGCGGACGGUGGACACUGAUCACCAAAGUUUAGUUCCAGCAAGUCCCCUGAUAGCGUCUUUAAAGGGGUCAAGCUCAAAAAUACCGCCAGUGUGCUCACACGAGUCUUUAGAGGAGAGCAGCAAGAAGGGGGCGCCCAAUGGGGAUGGCACGGAGUCCUGUAACAUGUGCAGCUCUCUUACAUCCAAAACAAUAGUGACCAUUUGCGCAACAUGCGGUGGAUUUCAGGGGACACCGCCCCCCAUGGUCAACUCUGCAAGUGGGGCAACAUUACCUGCUUUACCAGACAAAAGGCCUAAUCUAAGAGAGGAGCAUCAGAGAGCUAAUCCUGCUUACGAAAUCAUGGAGAGAAACUCUGAGGCGGACAAAAAAAAUAAGUACAAGCUGAUGGUCAACUGUGGUCCGCAAAGGUUGCUACAAGAAUCGGAAGGAACAACGGCGGCGUUCCCACCGGAGGCGCUGCUAGCCGAAAGGCCUCGCGGUGACUCCGUGACGUACGUCAAUAUUCCAGUGAGUCCGACAUCCAAGAAGCAGCUCAACUACAUGGAACUGGAGCUGCAAGAACACAGCACCCGAAGGUCUGCACCGAGAAACAGCCCCACCAAAUACGCCCACAUUGACAUUGCGGCCACGGAGACAGCCCACAAGGUGGGUACCCAACAUGCCUUGGGGCGCCAGGAGGGUCUCCACACCCUGGAACUGAGAAGGAAGGGGACGCCCCAUUGACCUUAUAUUAUAUGUAUUAUAUCAGUAUUAUAUGUAUUAUAUCACUUAUAUCAAAUUAAUAUUUCAAAUAUCUGUUUUUACUAUCAAUUGCUAGUGAGUUUUUACUAACUAUUACGAUUAUUAUUAGAAUUACAAAACACUUUUGAUAUGU